AUGGUGUGUUGGGAAGCAUCUGAUUUCUACACCUUGGCUUACCUCAAUGUGCAUACAAAGUUAUAUCAACGUUGUCAGCUUUCUUAUUCUACACAACCAGGUUUAGGUUUAGGUUUCCCCUGUUUGGAGAAGGUUGACCUCUUUGUGCACUAUCCAUCCGAUGCAGAUGUUCAUAAAAUAGUUUCUCUGCUUCAACACCUCCCUAAUGUCAAGCUUCUUACACUUAACUUGGAUCUUCUUGAGAGUCUUUCAUCAUCCAUGGAACUAAUCCCACAUCAAGUUUGUGUGUUUGAUAACGCAAAGAUUUUGAAGUUUACAACAAAAACUCCCGUAAAGGUAUACUUAGAGGUAACCAAGUCUACAGAUAUCAAAAACAAUGAUGAUAGUAUACCAAAUGCCAUCUUCCCAAUGAUCUCACAUGAGGAGAUUAAAGCUAUGUGGGAUAUGGCAUCAGCGCAAGUAUUGGUGAAACAAUUGAGGGUGUUUCUAAAGGAGUGUAAAGCAAAUACAAAUAGUAACACCAACAAGGCUCAUAUGCUUGAAUAUGGAAAAUCACAAGUUGGGAAGCACUACGCAUGGGCAUUGCAGUUGAACCUUAAGGAAAUGAUGCUACUGAUACAACAUGCAGAAAUUGUUGCAGCACUAGAGACUUGUCUCAUGAUGCCUUGGAUUAGGCAAAAGUACAUUCAAAGAUCAGAGACUCCUCCCAUCAUUGCAUGGUUGGAGGAAAUGUGUGCAGUGUUUGAGCACAUUGAAAGACUGAUAACUCAGCUGUCUUGCAUCAAAGAGGCUUGUGUUGCAACCAGUUUUUGUUAG